GUGGAGUUGCGGCUUCAUUGCCUGAGAGGCAACGCUGUGUUCAAGGCCCAGCUAUGUUGGGCGUCUACAGAAAGCUAACAGUAAGUGGAGAGUUUGAUGACUCCGAUGGGUCGCUUCCAUUCAACCUGCAACACAUCGCCGAAGAAGAGCUCGGAGAAACCCCUUCGAGGAGAAAACAUGCUCUACGAAAGCUUCUAAGGAUGGUGUCAGAGGAACCGGAACUCAACGCACGGAUAGACAGCGACUUCCUUCUGCGUUUUCUUCGAGUGAGGAAGUACAACGUGGACGCUGCCAUGCAGACUAUUCGGAAUUACUACAAGAUUCGCACAACGUGUGGCCCAGUCUUCCGCGACUUUUUGCCGACAAAGAUAUCUUCGGCAGCGCGAGCAUUGCUCACGGUUAUGCCAGAAAAAGACGUCCAUGGCCGCCGGAUCUUUUUCGUCAACGUAGGAGGUUGGACACCUGAGAUACCAUUUUCCGAAUUUCAGAAAGCUUUAACAAUCUGCUUAGAACACUUGGCGUCUGACCCAGUGACCCAGACUUUAGGACUUGUGCUGCUGGUAGACUACAGCGGUUUCACCGUAGACAAGAUGCUUUGCGUCAGCGUUGGCCUAUUGAAGAAAGCUUUGGAAUAUUUUCAGGACUGCAUGCCCAUGCGACUGAAGGCGGCGCACAUACUGAACCAGUCGUACACAUUUGACUUCCUUUACAUGAUCGUCAAGCCUGUUAUUAAAAGGAAGCUGUCCGAAAGGGAAUGCAUAAAGCUCCUUAUAACAACAUUAUGCGUUCAUCAUACUGUUCUUUACACUUCAGGCACGUGGAAUCCAUGCGAAGUGACGCACGCUGUCUUUCAACGCGCCUGCCUCAUGUGCCUAGAACUCAUGACGUCGGAUCCGUCAGCGCAGACUCUCGGUUUGGUUCUGCUCUUGGACUGCCACGACUUUCGCGUAGAAAACGCGUUGUAUUUGAAGCCUGGACUCAUCAAGAAGGGGUUGGAAUAUGUGCAGGACAGCAUGCCAUCGAGGUUGAAAGCUUUCCACGUAGUGCGGCAGACACAGGCUUUCGACAUCCUGUACGGUAUCAUGAAGCCCUUCUUGAAGACUAAGCUGACUAGAAGGUUUAAGUUUCACGGAGAAAAUUUCGAGAGCCUCCACAAGGACAUUUCACCGGAGCAACUACCUGCACAGUUUGGUGGACAGGCGCCGCCACUUGACUACGAUGCCUUCUGGAACAAAAUGGACGAGUUGGAAGAUGCUUUCAAAGGAGAUAACUACUACGGGUACUCCAAAAAGAACAUCGGGGACUUUGCUACGCAGGAGGAAGUUGAAGAAGCUCUCGAGUUUCUGUGA